AUGGGUUUUCAUCAGAGAUCAUUAGAAAAUAAAAUCACACAAGAAGGUAAUGUCACCACAUUCUUAUUUUUGGGAUUUAACAACAAUGCCGUAUAUAAUCUUCUGCUCUUCACCUUGGUCCUUAUUAUAUACAUUGUGACAAUAUGUGGAAAUCUUUUGAUCAUCAUGUUGGUAUAUUACAGCAAGACCCUUCAUUCCCCCAUGUACUUCUUCCUCUCCCAACUCUCUGUAUCUGACAUCAUGCUGAUCACAGAUAUUGCUCCUAACGUGUUACAUAUUGUUCUACAUGAGAGGACCUCCUUAUCCUUUUCUGGUUGUAUCACUCAAUUUUAUGUCUUUAGCACAACAGAAACAUUUGAAUGUUUCCUUCUGACAGUGAUGUCCUAUGACCGCUAUCUAGCCAUCUGCUCUCCUCUGCAUUAUACCUCCAUUAUGAAACAAACACUUUGCAUUCAACUAGUUCUUGCGUCCUGGAUUGUCAGCUGUUCGAUGACAUCAAUAUCAACAUUUGGCAUAAGUCAACUAGAAUUCUGUGGACCAAAUGUUAUUGACCAAAUAUUUUGUGAUUUCAAUCCUCUUGUGGAACUUUCCUGCUCAGAUACAUCCAGAGUUCAAAUGGAAGUUACCGUGUUGUGUGUCCCUGUGCUAAUAUUACCCUUCCUAGUGAUAGUGGUUUCCUAUACUUACAUUGUUUUAACAAUAUUAAAGAUAUCCUCCUUUUCAGGAAGACUGAAAUCAUUUUCCACUUGUAGCUCCCAUCUCACCGUUGUGUUUAUAUUUUAUGGAACCCUAAUUGCUGCAUAUUUGAUUCCAAAGAAAGGACAAUCACAAAUGAUCAGUAAGAUAAUGUCCUUGUUGUAUACAGUGUUUACUCCCUUUGUAAACCCUUUCAUAUACAGCUUGAGGAAUAAAGAGAUCAAGGACAGUUUAAAGACGCUGUAUAAAAAAAAAAAGGGUUUUUAUCCAAAACCUUUGCACCCAGAGGAUAGCCCCUGUGCAAACCUGGACAAUCUGUAUGGGGUAAAAUACAGUCGGGCGUGGCCUGGCGAGCAGCGUGGAUGGACGCUGAGUGAAGGAGCUCCGGUCCUAGUGUUGGAACAGGCACUGAAAAUACCGUCUUUUCUGCGGAAUAUGAGCACACGCAUCAAGAAGGGGACCCCUAACAGGCAACUAAGGUCGAUGGGCACCCCCAAAGGGAAAACCACCCCAGCCAGCCUGAACAAAUACCGCUUUAACGGCAACCACCUGAAAGCCAAGAUGGCGCUGGCUCAUGAUCCGGAGAGGAGAGAAGACAUGGAGGAUGAUGAGGUCUCUCUCCCUGCCUCCGAGGACUCUAACAGAGACAAUGCUCCUCCUGAUUGCCCUCUAAACUAUACCACUAUGAUGGAGAUUGCAGCAGACAUCAAGAAUUCGUUCUCCGUCGCCAUAACGGACAAUUAA